UUGGAGUGUAUGUUUACAUUAAACAAGUUAAUGGUUUUCAGAUUUGUGUGUGAUACCCGCUCUCUCUCCCUCCCCCCCCCCCACCGGGGUACUGACCCUCACGAAGGCUCAAGGGCAAAACUUAAUGCUUUUUUCCGUCUAAUAGUCAUCGGAAGUCGCUGCAUUAAUUCCUCUUAGUCUGUGAAGUCUGUUUAUGUACACUAAGGCUGGCUGUCGCCUCGAUGUACAGGUGAGAGAACCCGUCGAAACGUUAAAAAAGUCUACUGACAUUUAUUUCACUGAAGUUGACAGCAGGCAGACCGGGUUGUUUACACAAACCAACGGGCGGAAUGUGAAAACUCUUCUGGCCCUUUCUCGGUACUCUUUCCAUAGAUAUCUUGACGACAUUUUAAAGUCAAAUUGCGCACUUUAUCCGACACGUGAGGGCAACCCGCGAAAUGGUAAACAAGGUUGCUCCGGUACUGCUUUAUUGCACGAAAUUUGGCUCUUGACACCACGUUUUGCAGAGAGGACAUAUGCUCUUAAUAAAAUGGAGACAAAGAAAUACACAUCUGGCUGGCAGAAAGCCGUUACUAUGAUAAAAACGACUUCGAUGAGGUCGCAGAACUGAUUACUGUGGAAUAUAGUCACAAGCCAAUUCAUCUUCGCGAAUUUUUCCCAAAAGACCAAUACUUAAGUAGCCUGUAUUUUCAGGCGAUAUUCUCUGCCAAUAUAGAUUUAAGCCUGCCCCCUAUAAGGGCUGCACAGGAUAUUCAUUUAUUAGUAAGUCGUAUCUUCUGAUUUCGCGCUUGCAAGGACUAACCGCGUAGUGUCCAUUCUAAAACACGCAUAGUUUUCAUUUCGUUAUGGUUUUAUCAUACUCCCGACACAGGUUCUCGGUAAAAGCCGAAUACGCGUUUUGCUAAAAUUUCGGCUACUGUAUGACUCAGCUUUGAGCUCCUCGACUCCUCAGAUGAUCCCCCGGCGUCCUGUAUGCAGUUCCUGGGACUUGAACUCCUGAAAAAUAUCAAGUUCAUAAUUUAUGAACUUAUUAAGCCAGAACGUAGAGUUAGGUAUCCAGAGCGUAAACGUUUAGGUUCCUACCCGGAAGUUUAAUGAAUACUUGAGCCUUCUGGGUAUUACAUGGUUAUUCCAUUGUGGGUUAUUAUCUUAGACUCAAAUUGUCAUUGAAACUUCGGGCCUCACUCUAAGAAGUCGUGCCUCGGACACUUAAUAUCCCUUUGUUCAUCUCGUCACAUCAAGGCAUAUCUUCCUAACCAAUACUACUGCCACUGUCCGAAGCGCUCCAAUUUCUGAACUAACGUGACUUUGGACCGCAGAACCUGACCCAACAAUAAAUCACUCCUCUUUGUGUACCUCCGUGGCGCCUUAAAUUCCAGUGUGGAACGAGAUUAAUGAACCGUUCAAGGUACUACGUGCGAAACCCCGAUUCAUCUAGGCUUCAUCAUCUGCCUUAGCUCCACUUCCAUUCCUGCUUUAUGUCUAGCUAGACUCUUCAUCCAUACACGCUGUCUUCCGCCCACUUACAGCGAUGCUAUUCUAAUCUAACCGUACUUUCAACGCACACUGAAGGCUAGAGAAACUCCAUUCAAAGACGUUGCAUCUCCGUCAAGACGAUCCACGAAAAUCUCUACUCAUUUCGUCAAACCACAAAGCCAUCGUCAGUUAUGACAAACGAACUAUUUUGGGGCUGCACCCCUAUUUUUUACCAGAAUAAAGAAUUAUGCCUUUGGUUUUGGAAGUGUGCAUGUGAGCUUUCUUAAGCAGCCAGUCCUGUUUACUUUUAUCCUCCUCUUCAUUGCCAUCUCUGCAUACUGGUUUCCGGAUCCUCACACCUCUACUGUACCCUUUCGUUCUUAUUAGAAAUUUCCCUUUGAGUGAGCCAAAUCCGUAAUUUGUUACCUGUUUCCAGCUGAUUGCAACUCGCUCACCUAAUGUAGCCAGUUAACUUCAUUGUCAUUGUUUACUUCUCAACCAGUAGCAGGUUUGAUCUUUCCUCGUUCUAGGUCAUUUCCUUUGCCGUGCGCUACUGGUCACAGGGCAAAAUGAAGGCAAUGUUUCUGCGUCACGAGGGAUAUCUGGGUGCAGUGGGCGCCUUCAUGAAGGACAGAACGCAGGGCAACUCAUUGGCAGGCUCUUCAACCAGUUGGUCCGAAAGCAAGGUUGCCGGUGCUCCGUCCUUUUCGGCACCCGGCAGUGGCCGUCGGUCUGUCCACACUGGUCCAUCGCGCUCUUCUUCAGGCGGUCAGACCCGGAACCCCAGCGGCAUGUUCUCUAACAACACAGCCUACGAUGCGGCCACUAACACCACAGAGUCUGAAACAGUGGCCGACGUUCAGGAGGAUGACAGUAAUGCGGAAAGACUGGCAAAUCGUGGGCCACGGUUCAGCCUGGAAUCAACCCCUCGGACGCUCGAUUUUUCGACUGAAUGGUCAGCUUUCGAGCUGGAACAUUUGGUCGGGGUAUCGCUGAGUGCGUUUCCCCUCCUCCUCUCACCGGCAGAUUACGUGCCGGACACCUGGGAUCUUACCCAGGACACCAAAGCAAGGGCCUAUUGGCUGGAGUGCUUUAAGGUCAGUUUGAAAUUUUAUUGAACUUUUAGUUUGUACCAGGGCCUGUGGUGUCAUCAAUUUGGCAUUUUUAAACUACUUUGGAGUUAAGUAAUGCCUGAUGAAACUAGUCAUUGUCAACGUAGGACUGAAGGCUCUGUCUAGCAUCUGUUUUUUGUGCGUUCACGUGACCACGACUGUCAAGGCGAUAGGCCUCAAUUCGCACCGGGACGACUAAUUCAGAUUUACAUCCCAACUCCGGCCUCCUUGAUUUAGAGCUAUGACUGACUGAAGACUGCGAAUUCUGUCUGUUGUUAUAUGUCUCUUUCAAGUGUAUGUAUGUGAACGCUACUAAUUUAGUAAGCUGCGGAAGUACCCAUAGAUCCACCAGGAUUUCUCAGUAUGCUCAUUUCUUUGCAUUUUUUGUAACUUUGAACCGUCCUGGACAAGAAUUGGAUACAAGGCCAUUGAGAAAUAGAACCCAGGGUCUCUGGUAAUGUGGGAAGGAUGGUAAUAUUCGUUUUUCUCAGUAGGACUGAUGAAUGCGACAAGUAACGGAAUCUGCGGAAAACAUAGCGAAAAAUCGCAUUUCUGCCAUACUCCGAUGAGCUGCCAGGACGUUUGAGCGGGCGGGAAACUUUUAAGCCUAGCCAGGGACGUAAUCCCAAUAUAACAUGCCUGCUAAAAUCAAAUUAGUAGGUAUUUUGUUAUAAUAAAGACGCGAGUUUACACGUUCAUUCGUUAGUGUGUGCUGUUGGAGACGAUAUCGGGCCCCAUACAGUUUGUUUGCUGAGGUUCUACUGAAAACGUCAGUGUGAUACUAAAUAAGCCUCUAGUGUGUGUAAUAAAGCGCAGGAGUGCAAAUGGCGCUUGCUAAUAAUUGUCGUCAUUGGGGCCAAUAAAUUCUGCUGUACAUGCUUGUUUUCAAUUCAUACCCGGGAAAAAAUGCUUCAAAUUGUCGUCAUAACUGGUUGUGUUACAGACUGUACCCGCUCGUACAUAGUUAUCUGCAGAAACGACUCUGGUGAAUUGAUUCAUCUUUUUUCCCAGCUGUCAACACAACAAAACGAGAUUAAAAAUAUUGUCACCAGAUUUGUAUGUGCGGUUUUUUGGUGGAGUUUCAUAUUACCAUCCCCACAGCGUCUGAAUUAAUCGUAAGUAGAUUUAUUAUCGUAGAACUAAACUAGCGAGAAGACGGACGUAGAGUAUAUUUGAAUCACCGGUUAUCUCUGUCCCAUGAAAGCUAUCAGUGGUGGUUUAUCGCUGCUGCCUACCCUCACUUCAGUUCCCACAAAAUGACAACAUUCGAGAGUUUUUUUCUGUGCAGGUUGCGCAAGCUGCAGUUGUGGAAAACAGGGCUCGAGAACCGAACCGAACCACAUGUAAAACCAUCUCAGAGUUCUCUGUCUGUAAACCUCAUAAUACGCACGCAUUAGUUGGCUUUUGCUGAGUCUGUCUGCAGCCCCUACUAGUGCCAUGCG